GUGGGAGCGACCGAGAGAGAGACACCGGGACAGCUGCGCGAGCGAGCGGGACCAGACGAGGGAAAAAGAAAGUGACGGGAAGGAGAGUCGCGGAAACAGAGGGAGAAAGUAGACGUGUGACGACAUGUGUCUGUGUUGAGAAAUUUCGUGUCCGCGAUAGUACGGCGGCCGAGGGGUGCGCCGAGAGGGAAGAUCGGUAACAUUCUCCUCUCCUACGUCCGAUACUCUCUCGUCGCCUACACGGGACUAUCGAUGCAGACCUUACGGAAGAAAAACAGUCCGUGCAAGUUUAAGAACGCACCAACCCGGUUCCUUGGGGAGGGUGUAUCGUUCAAGGCGAAGCUGAUCGGUAUAUUGGAAGUGGCGGAAGCUCGCGGGGACCGGAUGUGUCAACUAGCGUUAGCGGAUCUGAAGAUGGCGAUUCGCGCUGCCGGAGAACAUAAACAACGAAUCGCCGUCCAGGUCAGCAUCGAUGGAUUACGCUUGCGGGACGAGAAGUCUGGGGAUUGUUUGUAUCACCACCCUGUACAUAAGAUAUCGUUCAUCGCGCAGGACAUGAGCGAUACGAGAGCGUUUGGAUAUAUUUUUGGAUCACCGAACACUGGUCAUCGGUUCUUUGGUAUCAAGACGGACAAAGCGGCGAGCCAAGUCGUCAUUGCGAUGCGAGAUUUGUUUCAAGUGGUGUUCGAAUUGAAGAAAAAGGAGAUCGAGCUGACGAAACAACAAUUGGAACAGAACGCCUUAAACGCUAUUAAGUUUCAUAGUAACUUCAUACCGACUCGUAUCUUCGUCGAACCAACCCCCGAUACUAAAGGCGCGGCCGGAUCGGAGAUUCUCGACGGUAGAGGAAAUACCAACGCGGAAUUAAUGAAAGCGUUGAAGGCGACUGAUAAACGGAACGACUCUCAAAGCGGCGUUAUUGCAGAUUUAUUAGAUUUGCAAUUCGAAUUGAAUUCGCUACAGCAAGGAAUUCAUCACAUGGACAAGAUCAACCCUGAGAACGCACCCCCUUCUGCCGACGGCCUCUUCGAAACCGAUCCGUUCGGCGAUUCCUUUGCAAACAUGAAGGUACGAAUUUUCAAAUUCUUUUAGAAAUGCCAAACGAAAAUUAGCAAAUUUUUAUGCGAAAUAAUGAAUUUAAGGCAGAUUGGGAAUUUUAUUAAAUCGUAUCGUAAAAAUCCAGCUACUACUUCCACGAGCAAGACUCCACCACUGUCGAGUUCGAUUCAGUGGUUCGACAAGGAAGCAGAGAAUCUCUUCAGCGACAGUGAACUUUCGAGCUCGGCCAAGAAUACACCGGUCAAGAAAGAAGCUGAAGAGACGCAAGCUAAAAGCCCACAGAUAGACGUUUUCACGGAACUGGACCCAUUAGGAACCGGCUUAAUAAAGCCAUACGUAGACAAGAAAGACUUCUUCCAGCACCUGAAGAACCCACCUAAGAAAGUAUUAAAGGAUUUAGUGUCCACCAGCUCGGACACCUUCCAAACGAAUUUCGACGUCCUUUCAGAGCCUCUGGAACCAGGAACAGCUCGAAGCGAGCCGUCGUCGAAGGAGACUCAGUUCGACGAUGGUAACUUCGCGAACUUCGACAAGUUCGACGAGAACGAAGCAGUGCAAACAGUCUUCACACGUUCUGACUCUUCAAAAAGAACUGAUACUUCGACUAGAGCUGCUCAUCAUCAACCACUUUCAGUCUCUCUGCCUCCUGAAGACUCUGCUACUUCUACUCCAACUUCUAGCAGCGUUCCACCAGUGAGCAAGACAGAGAAAGAUUCUACAGAGCCUGUACAAGGCCCAGUGAAACUGCCCAGUCCCAUAAAAUCGACACGGAAGAAGGAAUUGGAAAUCGACUUACCCAAGUCUAUCGACAAAUCUUUUCCAGUCGAUUUUUCCACAGCCAACGAGUCACCGGUUUCUCCACACAAAUGCUGUUCUCCGGAAAUUAUGUGCGUGUGCCGGUCGGUCGCGGCUGAGUUUGACCCGGUGCCCGAACGACCACCACGAGGAGCUUCCAAUAUCUUGAUCAACCCACCGCCGCUGCCACCGAAGAAGCAAGGUCACAGAGGCGCCCUGAAACCGCCACCGAGGCCACCUCAUACGGACACUUAUUUCCACUACGACUUCCCGGAGAGAGAAAACGGGAAGGAGAGAAAUAAGAGUCCACCCAAGGAAGUGAAGAGUCAGUUCGACGACAAUUUCAGUCCGCCUCUUCAGAUGACCGACAAAUCGGAUUUGAUUGUGACGAUGACGACCACAGCAUCCGCAUUUGAGGACUCGUUCAGUUCUAUAAUGCCGACGGCGAAUAUAUCCACGUUCUUCACGUCGACCAGCACGCCGACCGGGCAGAAGAAACCGAAGCCUUCGUUGGACAUCACGUUGAGCCAACUGACCUCUGCAAACUUAAACGAACUGGCUAACAGUUUGGGAAUCACUGUACAAGAGUUGACGAGCUUGACGCUUCAGCAGUUGACCGAAUGUCUGGCUAAGCUUGCGAGCAAGGAAGUUCCCCCGAGCGACACUGAAGAAAUGGACCGAGAACAAAAGGUACAAGGUCAAACGAAGACUACCAACGACUUCCAACCAUUCUCCACGAUGAACGAACAGGAGAGCAGGCAGGAAGUUACUUACGACAAGUACGCUGUUUUCCGAGAACUUUUAGAACUGGAGCAGAUGGAGAGGAACGAAGAGAGUACACCGAAGGAUUCCAUCGAGGAGGAAACGUCUUCGGUGUCGAAAGAGGAAUUCGAGAUGGCUACGCAACAGCAAGAAUCCGGCGACGAGAGCAAGUCAGAAACUUUGGCUUCUUUAGUGAAUUUAACUGUGAAUCUCCCUCCCAGCAAUGAAGAUCUGACCAAAGAAGAAUCGACGGAGAGACCUGAAGAAACGAGUGUAUCUUCUUCGAUAUUCGAAAAGACACAAUUAACGGAAUCAGAAAGUAAAUCGGAGCUGGUAGAACCAAACAAAAUGGAGUCCGAAGCAACGACUGAUAUCCCAAUAAAGAGAACAACCGAAGAAGCUGAAACGGAGUCCGAAAAAAGAGCGAUAGAAAUCGAGGACAAAACAGAGGAUACCGAAUCGACUGAGAAACCUAGUGACUCCAACGAAGACUCUGAUAAAACGAUACAAGAAACUACUUCUGAGGAGACCAGUGCGCCUUCGACGGUAGAGAAGACACCUUCCGUAUCGACGUCCAGCGACAGGUACGCUGCUCUGCGCGAGAUAAUCGGCGAGCCAGAACCUCCGAAACAAGCCGAAGAGGAGAGUUCCAGUUCCAGGAUGUCUCCCAUAAUCCAACCGCCUCAAACAAAGACUUUAGUGGAAGUGGAGCUAUUAAAUUUGUUCUCUGACACGCCUCCAUCUUCUAGUCCAAAGAAGACUAAGAAAGAGGAAGAAACGAAGAGCAUGGGUUUAGAUAUUUUCGAGGAGAUCGAGAGACUCAGCAGUGGCAGUCAUUCGACGAAGAAGACUAAAUCUCUGAUUCCAGAGGACAUAUUUUGCCCGUUCACGGAAUUGAAACCGGACGACGGGAAGGACGAUGGGAAUUGGGCGAAGUUCGACACGGGAUUAUUCGUUACUGACAGGCCAGGCGAGGAUCCACACUCGAUCAGCGGCACGUCGCCUUGGUCCCCCGACGGGAAGGAGUUCCACAAGGAGGGAGCGUUCAAAGGAGGGUAUCGACAAUCAGGUGGCGACAGUGACAACGAAUGGAAAGACGAGGAAGAGAGCGAAGAGAGUAACGGUAGGAUACGAGACGGUAGAUUUUGGUGCAGUCGUCAUUCCCGGUUCGACGUUCCCUUCGACGAGAGAGGAUUUUACGAAGAGGCCGGAGGUUCCGCUGGUAAAAGAGACAGAAGCUUCCGUCAUAGAAUGAUGGAGAAACCUCGGGACGCGGCGUGGAUCAAGAAUCCUGAUCACAGACCGAGAGACCCUUCGCCGUGGCACGAAGAGAGUCAAUGGGAACAAGAACCGAAACGCUAUCCUCACAGAAAGAUGCCGUAUAAAGACGAAGAGGAAUAUGAGGCUCAUUGGAAGUGCAGACCGAAGCCGCAACGUUGGAACUGGUCGCACGAGCACAGACCGUUUUACGACGAAGAGAGGAAGAGGAAAAUGAUGUUAUGGAAAGAGGACAGAUUCGGUAGCCAAGAGAGCAUGGGUUAUGAGGACGAAGACAGGAUGAGGUCCAGGAGGAAAUGCGAGCGAAGAAGAUGGGAAGAGGACGCCAGAUUCUGGAGCAGGAGGACGGCAGGUUUCCCGGAAUCUGACUAUCCCAGUAGGGAGAGUUAUUAUUAUUAUAGAGAAGGCAGAGAACGACCGCACGAUUAUCCACCUCCGGGUUGGGACGAGGAGUAUGGCUCGGAUCGACCGACGGACGACUCCCCCAGGUACAAUCAACCUAGUAGGAAGAGGCACUGGCCGAAAAGGCCCAACAGUGCCAACGAGGGACGGAACGUUGAAAUAGGUUACACCGAGUCACGAAGCAAAUUCGGUACGUCCAGGUCUGAGUGCAGCGACAACGACUCUGAUCCUUACCCACGUUCGUCGCAGCGGUCCAGAAGUCGCGAGAGCUAUUGGAGCAGCGACCAAGAAUACGACAGCUGGGUGGAGAGGCCUUAUUGGUCCGAGGGACCAGACGCGAAGAGCGAGAGUCUGCAUCAGAAGAGGAUGCCUAGGAAAGCUCGUCAGCCUCACGCCAAGACGCAGAGCCCUUUCGAAGACGACUUUGCACAGAGCGUGGAACACGUCGACCCUUCGGCCGUGGAACCGAUAGCUGCGGAACCGCGGGUUCGUUCGGAGGGCGGUGAACAGAAGCCACCUCAGAGUCCCUCGUUCGCGACGAGGUACCCCAAAGGGUCCAGGGGCACGUCGAGGGCGAUGCCCACGGAGGAAAUUUAUGGUAAGAGGUCCAGUUACUUCGAGGACGACUUGACGCCUUCUGCCAGUGGCUUGAGCGACACGUCGGACCGGCAGAGGUUAUCGUGGGAGUUGAAGGCGACGCCUGAAGAGCUUCCUAGCGAUACCAAGGAAGCGCAUCAGCCGACGGACAGCUUCGCGUCCGAGGACAACGGCCGGGACUCGUUUUUUAAUGGCGACCUGAGAUACGACGACGACGACGCGUUCGCGUUCAAAUCGGAACUAGAAGACAACGUCUCAGAGCACCGAGCUACCACGUUGCCGUUGAAGAAUCACGGCAGACAGGGCAAAUACUCUGCCGGGAGUAAUAACAAUAAUAACAAUAAAUCCAGGAGCGAUCAGUACAUCAGGAAGUCCGAGUCGGUGAACAUAUUCGUAAGGGAGAACGAUCCGUUCGACGACGACGAUUUCUUUAACUGAUGCGUCGCGCGGAGAGUGUUCAACGUGCAUGGUGCUGGACGUUCCGGUGGUGGUGGUGGUGGUGGUGGUAAUGGCGGUGGCAUCAUGCGUCGGGUUUCCUUUCGUUGAACUGGUGCUGGCAGUGUCGUGGCGUUUACUUUCUUCUGUCCAUGAACGCCGCGACCGGCUUCGACGCUCUCUCAUUAAUCGACCGGGAGACUAUUUCUGUGUAGCCCUCGAAUUCUAAGUGCUGGCACGAUGGCGGAGGCGAUGAGUAUUGGCCAAAGUCAUGAGAGACAGGACGAUGUAACUGUUUUACAUCAGGCAGAAUGUCUCAAUCUUGUACAACCUUCGAGGUGAAUAGUUUAUUUAUCGACCCGAUUUAUAUAUAAUAUGUUUUAUUCUAAUUAUUUAGUCUAAAAAGAGCCGCCUUAACACUAGAUUGCCCAAGGAAGUU